AUGUCACCUUAUCAGGUUGGUGCUCUCGUGAUUUGUCUUCUCAAGUUCGGUUCACAAGCAGAGGGACCAUGGUCGAUCAUAUUGUUGGUCAACUUUGCACGCAUCCUGGGGCAGAAGAAGAUCAUAGCAUCAUAUGUGGAGACUGUCGAUCCGUGGUGCAAAAGUCGGGUCCGACACCCGAAAGCUUGUAUCUAUUCUGGGAUCAUGCAGUGCGGAUCGCAAGAACAGUUCACCGCCGCCGUUUAA